CUGCGGUUCCUGGUGAGCGAGCUGGGUCUGGCGGCUGACCUCCGUGCCUCGAACAGGGCCACGCCGGCACACGAUGCGGCCGCCACUGGCCACAUCCGGGAGCUGCGGUGGCUGGUGGACCAAGGAGGCUGCGGCGUCGAGGUAAGUUUAUCCACUGAGGACAAAUGUAAACCAAUGCCUUUGGAUGGGUGCCCCGUGUCCAGUUUUCCUGGUUCUCUGUAGAACCAACCCUAAUGUGUGCGUGUGUGAGUGGAAAUCCAGGCGAUAGCUUCAGAUAGUCAUCUAACUGUUCCCAGAGUACAGUUACAUCACUGCAGUUGUAAAAGGUAGUGUGCUGUUGUACCUUUUCACAUGUACUACCAGCUGAUUACAUCAUAUGGUGUUGACUUACUGGGUGUCCAUCAGUGUUAUGUGGCAAGUGUAAUUAGGUGGUUGAGAGGAACUCACACUAAACAUACAGUAGCCACUACUAUAGUUAAGAAGAGUCAGUUCCACUUAGAUUUCUUAUUUCUCAACAUUGGACAAACAACAUUGUGAUUGAGUUUGCAACAUCCUGCCCAAGAUGAAAGAAAACAUCUAAUGUUUCAUGUCGUAGUUUCUUAUUAUUAACAGGGAUCAUCAAAUGAUUGGUGAUCUUCUGAAGUAUCCCUGCAGUAGCUUUGGUAAAGAGAUGCUGCCGAAUACUGUAUCUUUCACCAUACACAUUUGGGACAGGGACGCUGCAGGUGCCACGGCCCUCCACCUCUCAGCCCGGUUCGGUUGCGUGGGCGUCACUGAGUGGCUGCUGUCGGUCGGAGGCCUUGCAGAGGUGGAGACCAACUGCGGGGCGGUUCCCGCUCACUACGCCGCCGCCAGAGGAGACCUCAGCUGUUUAAAGCUACUCGUUCAGCAGGCGCCUGGGUGUGUGAACCACCAGACGGGUAUCGGCGCUACCCCGCUGUACCUGGCCUGCCAGGAAGGGCACCUGCGCAUUGCGGAGUACCUUGUGAAGGACUGCAGGGCUGAUGUCCACCUGAGGGCCCACGAUGGCAUGACCUGCCUGCAUGCUGCCUCUCACAUGGGCCACCAGGCGGUGGUGGUGUGGCUGGUGACCUGUACUGACGUCAGCAUGUCCAGCCAGGACAGAGAUGGAGCGACUGCUCUGCACUUUGCCGCCAGCAGGGGGCACUACUGGGUCUUGGACAGCCUGCUUCACUUGGGAUCAAAGGUCAUCACAGAUUACUGGGGAGGGACCCCACUUCAUGAUGCUGCAGAGAAUGGAGAGCUGGAGUGCUGUAGAAUCCUGUUGGCCAAUCAAGCAAACCCCUCAGAUCAAGAUAUCGAGGGGUUCGCAGCAGCGGACUUGGCAGAGUACAACGGACACUGUGAAUGUGCCAGAUAUCUCCGUGCCAUGGAGGAAAACACGCCGCAGACAGAUAAACACAUCAAGGUCAUCCCCCCGGUGGAGGAAGAAGAGAAGGCAAAGCCGACUGUGUCAUCGCAGCGCAGCAGGCAGGAUUACUACGGCUGCCUGAGCGACACAUGCAGGGACAGUCACAGCAGCAAUACACCCAUGGAUAGUUUAAAGCAACCGGAGAGUGAGGAGUUCCCACAGGCCAGAUAUCCCCAGCCCCCUCCAGCACCUCCCCUACCCUCAUCCUCACCCACACCGGCCCAGCCCGAGAAAACCACUGUCAACAGAUUAGAGCAGGUUCAAGUAGCAACAUCUGUUAUUAAAGGUUUCAAUCAGCCCAAGGCAGCUGGGAGUGAGAUAACCGUCUCUGCUGAUAAGACAAUAUUGCCUGGUGCAAACCUCCUGUCUGGAAGAAAACUUCUCGGGGACAUGAAGUCCAUUAAGUCUCUGAAGCAAUCGGGGCUGUCGGGAGUCUUCACUGGACAAGCAAAUAAAAUGGUCGUCCUGCCCACCGAGGAGGCCAACCUGUCAGACAUCGACUACCUGGUGCCCACCCAUGAUGACAGAGGCCGUCCCAUUGCCGAGUGGAAGAGGCAAGUCAUGGUGAGACAGCUGCAGGCGCGGCUGCUGGAUGAGGAGGAUCAGAGGAGGAAGGAAAAUGGGAACAGAUUUGCCAAAGUCAGCUGGAGGUACUCCCAAGCCCACAAUGCCAUCCUGGGGCCCUCUGGUGAGCUGCUGACUGAGGAUGACCUCAUCUAUCUGGAGCAGCAAAUUGCCAACGUCUCCAUGCAGAGGAAAAGCGAGGGCUACGAGCUGGAGCUGGCUCGUCUGGCCGAGGAGCUCAGGCACAUCCUGCCGGCGCCCAUAGUCAACAUCACCGUCAACACGCAGUUCAGGAACUUCACGAGUCAAGUUCCUCUGCCCGUGUGGUGCGGCCGCAUCUCGGGCAUCGUGAAGAGCAUGUCUCUCCUCAUGACAAACCUGACAGACCAGCCCCACUGCAAGAUGCCCAACACCGACCUGAUCACGGUGUUCUCCCAGACCCCAGUCAGGCAGAACAGCACCCGAGGGCGCAGGGAGAGGAUCGAGGAUGAAAUCCAUCAGUUCGGCGUGUCUGUGAUGACUCUUAAGUCUAAUUUUGAGAACUCAGAUGAGCCAGGGGAGCCUCUGUCAGAUGAGCCAGGGGAGGCCGUUGUGUUCGAUCCCUCCACACAGCUUGAGGCCACAGAGUCAGACAAACAGCCGAAAGUCUUGAGUCCAUCCCGAGAAACGGACCAGAGCAGCGAUUCCGGCAUCGACUAUGACGAAAAUGUGGCCGAUGUUCUGGAGACAACUAGCCUGAGAAAGGAGCGCAUCGUUGUGCUGUUCUUGGGCCACUGGAAGAAAUCUGCCUACACGGUGACGCUGAAGAGCAGGGAUGCAGCUGAGAGGAAGACGAGCGGCGGCGAUCGGGGAGUGGGCGACACGUCUGGGUCCGAUCGUAGAGGCAGCAUCGAGAGUGCCCAGUCCAAGAUGCUGAACAGUUCCCUGGGGCAUUUCUUCAAGCAGAGGAGUGCUGUCAACAAGAUGCUGGGGAACUGGAGAAGCAUGAUCUCCAGCGUCCCGUCAAGACAGAUACGCAGGCUCCACAGGCAGAAAGCCCUCUACUCUCCUGAGCAGUUCCUUCCCCGUCUGGACGGUGUGCCUGUGGACUAUGACAACCUGACCCUGGAUCUCUUCAUGCUGGGUUACUUUCACAUCCUUGAGUUGGAGCUGCCCGUGGAUGAACGGAAAAUGAGACACCUGCUGUGUUUCGAGGUGUUCGACCACGUCGGCAGCUUUCCGUGGGAGAUGGUGAGGGACUUCCAUAAGGCCGUCAUACAGGACAUUGAGGCUGGAAACCGCGAGUGGCAGGACGGCUUCGAGGACAUGAAAGUCAAGUUCUUUGGGAACGCUGUGAGUCAGUCUGAAAGCCCCGUAGAAGUGGUGAAACACACGCUCCCAGAGGUUAGACAGGUCCCGAAAGUCAUCGUACAGACUCCCACGCCUGACGAGGGGAUGCUCUGCAGUGGCACUGACAUUUCCAGUUUCAGCAAUGAUGAGAUUUGUAAAUACAUUGACCGUAGUUUUGCUUUUUGGAAAGAGAAAGAGGCAGAAAUUUUUGAUUUUGAGUAGCUUAUUGUGUUGUUUUUUUUAAAAAUAUUUUUGUAUGCUUUGUAGGUAGAUGAUAUUAGGGCUGGGUAUCAUACCUAAAUGCUUUUUUGAAUUGAAUCGCCCGUAGCAAUUGUCAAGUAUUGAAAGUUUGUUUACGUACUGUUUGAUCAGAUAUUGCCUAAUUUGAAUUAUUUUGUUAAUUUUUUUUUAACUGUAUUUUACUAUGUUAAAGAUUAAACAUCAAUGAAUUUAGAAGUUUGGAUCAUGUUGUUACACUUUGAAAAGGUUUGUAAAAAAGAAACAUCUUUAUAAUACUAGGAUAUUUUAAUAUUUUGAUACUGGUUUUGAAACUCGGCAUCAACAAAUUUCAUGCCAUACCCAGCCCUAUUUCAAAAGACAGUGCUUAAAGUAAACCAGUGUGUUAUGUGAAGUUUUUUUUUUCCACCUUUAGUAAGAGACCAUACUACAAAAUAAAUCAUUAUACA